AUGCCUCCCUCGAACCGUCGCAGAAGACCGAUCGAGGAUGAUGAAUCAGAAGAAGAAGUGCCUCAUCGUAGACAGCGCCGUAGCCCUGAAGAUUCUGAAGACGCCGAUGAACAUGGAGACGAGAAUAGUGCAAUGGACGUCGAGACCAGCGCAGAAGAUCAACUUGCGAAAAAGUUGGUACGCUAUGCCCUCGCCUGCGAAUUCUCUCGGACACCUAUCCGCCGAGAUGGUAUCAAAGAGAGAGUUCUCGGUGAGCAAGGGAGAGCUUUUAGGAAAGUCUUCGAUUUGGCGCAACAGCAGCUUCGGACAGUCUGGGGCAUGGAGCUGCGUGAACUAGCGGUUAAGGAAAAAUAUACAAUGGCGGAAAAGCGUCAGGCAUUAAAGUCAGGCUCUCAGGCAAAAACUAGCUCCGGCGUUUUCGUACUCUCCACGACGCUCCCCACGCAGUACCGCUCCUCUAUAAUCCUCGCUCCUUCGAAAGCACCUAGUGCCGAGUCCGAAGCUGCCUAUGUUGGGUUUUAUUCUAUGAUCAUAUCCAUAAUCAUGCUCAGUGGUGGCGAGUUAUCCGAGCAGAAGCUCCGGCGAUACCUCAACCGGGUUAACGCCGAGACUAACGUAGCCGCCGAAAAGACGGAGGACAUUUUGAAGCGCAUGCAAACGCAGGGCUAUGUCGUCCGUAAAGUGCAAAAGAACUCGGCGACACAGGCACAAGACGGCAGCGAAGAUAUCACGUGGUUGGUGGGACCGCGCGGCCAAGAAGAGGUGGGCAUCGAUGGCGUAGCGGGCAUGGUGCGCAUGGUGUAUGGCGAGCAAGCAGAUGACGCUUUGGAAAAGAAGAUUGGGGCGAGUCUGGGGAUCCGACCGGCUGAGGACGAGGAUGGUGAUGCGGAUAUGUCGCAGGCUCCAGAGGCUGGGCCAUCGCAUUGA